UUCAUUCAUUAGUUGUCAACAAUUGUGGUAGUUCUUGUUGACUAUACAGAAGGCAAAACGUUUAGUCGUGGUCUGAUGAGUAGUCGAAGAUCAUUUUCGACCACGGGUUUAAAUUGGCACGUGCUAAAAUUGGGAAUAUUUGCAAAAUUGCGACAUUCCUUUGAUGGCGAAGGAAUCUCUUCAUAAAUUUGCAGGAAUGGGUCAAGAUUCGCAAAUAUAUUAUUUGACCGCAUUUCUCGCCACGGCGCUCCUCGUGGGAAUUGGGGCGUGGUUGUUCACUUCUAUGAAAAAGAAGAAAUCCACUUCGACCCAAAAUACGAAAGUACGCCCGGAAAAGUGGUGUCUCGUUGGGAAAGUGGCAAAAUUGAUAGUUUAUCCGAUCAAGUCCUGCCAAGGGAUUGUUGUUGAAGAAGCAGCAGUGACAAGGCUGGGGUUAAAACUUCGUGACCACAACAUUCGCGAUCGCGACUUUAUGAUUGUGGAUAAAAAGGGAAAAUCCAUCACGCUUGAUGUCAUGCCGGCCAUGUCCUUCAUAACUUUGGAACCUUCGCUCGAAAAAAAGAAUCACCUCGUGAUGAGUGCGCCUGGCAUGGAUUCGAUCGUAUUCACUUAUCCAGAUGAGGACAAAUCAGAAGAAAAAAUUUGCCGGGUGAUGCACGACAAGAAUGUAAAAGCGUUAGACUGCGGAGACCAAGUUGCCGAAUGGAUUCAAACAUUUCUCGGGAAGGAAGAACUCCGUUUGUUUUAUCAUCACGUUCCCGAAACGCAGAGAACUUUCGAACCCUACAUGUUCGAGUGUCCCCUCUAUGAAAAGACAGAUAUGGGCGCUUUCCAAAACGAGACGAGUUACCUGAUCGUAGGUCAAGAGUCGAUUGACGAGCUGAAUGCGAGAUUACCAGAGAAGAAAUCGUCCUGGAGGAAUUGGAGGCCAACGAUAUUAAUUGAUAACGUGCUAGAACCAUUUGCAGAGAUUAACUGGUCAUUUGUCAAGAUCGGGGGCGAAAAUGUGAUCCUUAAGGCGGCAAUACCAUGUGCUAGGUGCGGAUUGACUACGGUGGAUCAGGACACAGGAACUCUCCCGAAGGAUGGCGAGCCUUUAAAAACAUUGCGACAAAUGAACAAAACGGACGUAAUUGUUGACCGGAAAAUGGCCGAGGUGGUCAAAAAUAGGGGCAUUAUGGGGAUUCGGAUGGGCCUUUAUGUUCCGGCUGGAGCUGAGGGUUCACUGAUUAAAGUUGGGGAUCCUAUUUAUGCAGCGUUGCUGUAAAUUUAAUUUACUAAAAAUAUGAUAAAUUUGUAUCGUCAUUAUGAAAUUUUAAGUGACUGUCCGUAACUUUUUUUGUUUAGACUUCACUAUAUCUUAUUGAUUACAAACUCAAUAAUUUUUACUCCAAUUAAUUUUUUUGGACGUCGAUAAUACUCAUAAUUUUAAAUAAAUUGUAAACCAAACUAAUGGGGAGGACGGAAUUGAGAAAAAUUUAAAAUUUCACUAAUAUUUUCAUGCAACAUAUGCAAAUAGAUAUUUAAUAAAACUACAAAUUAUUUAGAAAAA